UUGCUCUAUAAAGAUUUGGGCUGGUUGCGCUCAGUUAUUUGUACUGUCAACUUCAAUAUCUGUUUUUUCCCGCUCCCAUACACUUGAAGCUUGAAGUUUCAACCAUGUCUGCCUUUGUUGGGAAACAUGCAGAUGCACUCAUCAAGACCGCCAAGUACAUCGCGACUCCCGGCAAGGGCAUUCUCGCCGCCGACGAGAGCACCGGCACGAUCGGCAAGCGUCUGGCCAGCAUUAACGUGGAGAACAUCGAGUCCAAUCGCCAAGCCCUGCGCGAGCUCCUCUUCACUGCUCCCAACGCUCUCCAAUUCCUCUCCGGCGUUAUCCUCUUCGAAGAAACCCUCUAUCAGAAAACUGCAUCUGGCAAGCCCUUUAUCGAAGUCCUCCAAGAAAACGGCGUCGUUCCAGGCAUCAAGGUCGACAAAGGCAUUGUCGAACUAGCCGGAACCAAUGGCGAAACCACCACUCAGGGCUUCGAUUCGCUCGGAUCUCGGUGCGAGCAAUACUACAAGGCCGGUGCGCGAUUCGCGAAGUGGCGCGCGGUGUUGAAAAUUGGACCGACCGAGCCGUCGGAGUUAUCGAUCCAGCAGAAUGCUCAGGGAUUGGCUCGUUACGCGAUUAUUUGCCAGGAGAAUGGGCUGGUGCCGAUUGUGGAGCCUGAGAUUCUGACUGACGGGUCUCAUGACAUUGCCAAGUGUGCUGCUGUUACUGAAACUGUGCUUGCCGCUGUUUACAAGGCGCUCAAUGAUCACCAUGUUCUUCUUGAAGGAACUCUUCUCAAGCCUAACAUGGUCACCCCUGGCUCUGACAGCCCGAAGGUACCGCCUGAGGUGGUUGCUGAGUACACAGUCACCGCACUGCGCAGAACCGUGCCGGCUGCAGUACCGGGGAUCGUAUUCUUGUCUGGUGGGCAAAGUGAAGAAGAGGCUACACUGAACUUGAAUGCAAUGAACAAGCUGGAAGUGCUGAAGCCAUGGACUUUGUCUUUCUCCUUCGGGCGAGCGUUGCAGCAGAGCACCCUCAAGACGUGGGGUGGGAAGAAGGAGCAUAUUGGCAAAGCUCAGGUGGCUUUUCUGGCAAGGUGCAAGGCCAACUCUGAUGCGACUCUCGGCAAGUAUUCCGGCGCCAGCGAUGGUGGUUUGGCCUCUGAGAGUUUGUUUGUCAAGGAUUACAAGUAUUAGCCUCUAAGAAGGAGUUGAAAGAUUGAUUUAAGAAGGGGACGUUUUACGUUUAAAUUAAUUGUAUGAUGAAACUAAAGUCUUCUGAUUUCUAAUUAACAUGCUCACUUUUGGGUACAUAUGAUAAUUAUAAAAAUUUCAGUUUGUAUUGUUA